GCGACCGCUGUGUGGUUCUGUGUCAGUGGUCUCGCGUCGCGCUCCUAGUGCAACAGGUAGUACCACCCGAUCGGCCAUCCAACGUGCAUGUGACCACAUGGCCGCCACAGAGUGGAUUACUGCCAUUGAUAAAAGGCCGGGGGACCGUAGUCUAAAAGAUGUGGAGGUCAUCGCCACCAGACUACGAAGAGUCGAAACUCUUAACCGUCUCCCGCACAGUGUCCUACAACAACUAGCGCUCUCUGGGUAUUAUGAAGACCUUGAAAGAGGAGUUACUUUGUUCAGACAAGGGGACCCCGGCUCUAGCUGGUACGCGGUGCUGGGCGGCUGUCUGGAUGUCAGGCUUCUCACUCCCUCUCAGCAGGAUAAGGUGCCAGUGACGCUGUGUACUCUUGGAGUAGGAGCGACAUUUGGAGAGUCUAUCCUGCAGGAUCUACCCAGGGAGAGUACGGUGAUCACACGGAGCACCUGUGAACUCCUGAGGGUCGAGCAGCAUGACUUCCGACUCAUUUGGGAGAAAAACAAAGACCUGAUGAACGAGCUUGUCGCUAGCUGUAAAGUAAAAAAUGGGUUUGGCCCUGGGGUAACCAAGAGCCAGUCGCCCCCGUCACCCCCAGUCUCUCAGACACGCCGCACCCUCAGCCCCGAGAACUCCAACCCUGCUGAACCCAUCACGGAUACACCCAGUGUGCCCAUGGCACGGGCCGGUUGGGUACUACGUACGCUGCUGCUGAAUGAUGCGGGAGGCACGCUGAGAGACCGCAAGAGUGCCGGGGGCCGCCUGCUGGUCCGUCGGUGUGCCAGCGGGAGUGAGCUGGUCGACUGGCUCAUGGCUCUUGACCCUCAAGUAUGCUCCAGGCAGUUGGCCACUGGGAUGUGGCAAGCCUUGCUGGAAGAGGGAGUCGUCUUUCACGCUACAGCAGAGCAUGGCUUCAAGGACAAGUGUUUGCUAUACCAGUUCUGGCAGGACCGGGAAGGAUCCACAUCCAUACCAUCCGCCCAGGAUAUUGCAGAGGCAGAAGAACACCUGGAUGAGGCCUUACAGGAGCUGACACGUCGAGCUCCUGAUGCCAUGCUGCGCAUGAUUCUUCGCAAGUCGAGUCAUGAUCGGACUGCAGAGGAGUUGGAGACCAUUUACGAGGAGUUGCUGCAACUGAAGCCCUUGGCUCACCUCAGCCACUCCAUGAAGAGGGAGUUGGCAGCAGUGAUCGUGUUUGAGGCACACUGCAAGGCAGGGACUGUCCUGUUUCAGCAAGGUGACGAAGGCAAGUCGUGGUACAUUAUACUGCGAGGGUCAGUAGAUGUCGUUAUCCACGGUAAAGGCACGGUUACCACUCUACACGAAGGAGAAGACUUCGGCAAACUUGCUCUCAUCAACGAUGUCCCUAGAGCAGCGAGUAUAGUCCUGCAUGAGGACAACUGCCACUUCCUGCGAGUGGACAAGGAGAACUUCAACAGGAUCAUGAGAGAUGUAGAGGCCAACACUGUUCGGCUGAAGGAGCACAGUAAGGACGUGUUAGUGCUGGAGCGGAUACAGUCAUCGUACUCGCAGUUCAAGUACAUGGUGAUGGCGGGGACACCACAGAAGAUGUUGGAAUAUUUGUUGGAGACCCGAGUUGGGACGCCUGGUGUGUCCCAAGACCCAGCUCUGGACGACUUCCUGCUCACAUACAUCGUGUUCCUGCCCACCCGGCAACUGGUUACCGAACUGGCUAGGCAUUACCAUACAGAGUCUUCUGGGCAUGACAAAGACUUUCCCCUCAUCUGCAAGAAGAGAGUGGUGCACUUUGUCUACAGAUGGGUGCUGACAAUCAGACAUGCUGUCUUUGAGGAGGCAGCCUCCCUCAAUUUUAUAGAGGAGUUGGCGGGAGAGGUGGAGGCAGACUGUGUAGGUCUGCAAGAGGAGGCCAGCCUGAUGCAUCACGUCAUGUCCCAAUUGCGCCGUUACCAGGAGGAGCGACAAGCCUCUGCAGGCCAGAAGUGGAAGCUGCCCCCGGCCGGACAACCUAUCAGCCUCUUCUCUGGUCCCACCGACGGCAAAACGAGGACACUCAUACGACCAGCUGAUGAUGUGAUAUUCCGGGUGUACUGUGCGGACCAUACGUUCUGCACAUUGCGGUUUCCCAUCAACACAUCUGCCAAUGAGAUCAAGGUGUCAGCAGCCGACAAGCUCGGCCUGAGGCAUCCCCGUGAGGAUCUGCUGCUGGUAGAGCUCAAGAGUUCAGGGGAGAAGGUGACAUUCAGGGAUGCGGAGAUCUCCAUCCCCACGGCGCUCAGCUUGAAUGGUCGCCUCUUUGUCAGUCCAAAGGAUCACCUGGACGCUCUGACACUGAUCCCUGAGCAAGAGAAUCCCACGGAAGGGAUGGACUUUGACAUGGAGCUGUUCAGCACCAAGGAACUGGCCUACCACAUGACCCUUUUCGAUUGGGAUCUGUUCUGGAGUGUACAUGAGUAUGAGUUGUUGUACCAAACAUUUGGUCGUCUCCGGUUCAGUCAGAUCACAGCGAAUCUGGACGUGUUUCUGCGACGGUUUAACGAGAUUCAGUACUGGGUUAUCACGGAACUGCUGCUCACCCCGAAUCUCAGCAAACGAGUUCAGAUUCUGCGGAAAAUGAUCAAACUCGCCUGCUACUGCAAGGAGUACCAGAAUCUCAAUGCCUUCUUUGCUGUGGUGAUGGGCCUGAGCAAUGUUGCCGUCAGUCGUCUCUCACUCACCUGGGAGAAACUGUCGUCCAAGUCCCGCAAGAUAUUCACCGAACUGGAGAGUCUGAUAGACCCUUCACGCAACCAUCGAAACUACCGAAGCUACGUCGGCAAACUGCAGAGUCCUGUGAUACCUUUCAUGCCACUACUUAUCAAAGACAUGACGUUUGUCCAUGAAGGCAACAAGACCUUGGUCGAUGGGUUGAUCAACUUCGAGAAGAUGCACAUGUUGGCCCAGACGAUGAGGACGCUCAGAUACUGCAGAUCAAGACAUUUAGUAUUGGAGCCUCCGUCGCCGAAAAACGAGUCAGAAGUGCGGUCAUAUAUCAGCUGCUUGCGCACGAUAGACAAUCAGCGUGUGUUGACAGCUCUGUCCCAGAAGCUGGAGCCACGUAGAUCGUAGACACAACACAUUACGGUGAACAUAAACCUAAGAGCAACCAGUGAUGGAGCAGAACCUAAGCUUUGCUGGGAGUUCAGUAAAGUACUGAAGUUGAACUGAGGUUGAAACAAACUUUUGUCUAUUUCUACUGUUAAAUCUUGCUAACUCAACGUAUUCUUUCUCAUCAACUGAUCAUUUAAAAAUUAUCCCUCUAAACUGAAAUCAAUCUUUUGUUGUCAUAAUGUUCUUAAAUAGAUAGAACAGAACAGAUUGUUCUAUUAGAGAAUCAGCGUUCUUUACGAGAGUGCAAUCAACGAAUAUUCCAUAUUUUACCAUUAUUUAUUUAAUGUUGUAAUAAAUUGUGCAGUUUUCCAGGAGGGUUCACCUCUGGCUGGUGUAUACCAUCCAGUUGCCCUAAACCGACCUACACUGGGUACAGCAAAAACUGAUAUGUCACUUAAAUAUGGAUGUCCAGGAGAGGCAUAUCACGGAUAGAUCCGAUAGGUCUAAUCUACUGUGGGAGAUGACUUUUGAAGUUGGUGGGGCUCCCUAAGUGUUAAAAGCAGUUACUAGCCUAGACACCCCCUGCCCACUUUGACCGGAGAAGCUGGUAUAGAGCUGGCCUCCCUUUCUUCCAAGGACACAUGACUGAGAUUGAUGAACAAAAUCUUUCCUCAUGGAUCUUCUGUCCCCAACCUUACCCAUCCAGAAUAUUCUGUCACUCCUGAAGCACAGCAAAGGUCCUUCUAGGACUAAGUCCAACAUCUCUCAGCUGCUUGCCCUAAGGGAACAAAAAAACCUUGUGCUGUGCCAAUGACAAACCCUCAGAUUAUCAAUGAGUUUACUGUAUGAAAUUUCCUGUAUUAAAUAACUUCUCAAAAAAUAAGGCUAGAAAUAAAUUCCAAAAAGUUUUGUAAGCAAUAGUACAAUUUGGUACUUCCAUAAUGUUUCAAUUGUUUUGUAAAUAUGAAAAAUCAAACAACGGUAAGAGUGUUUUAGAACAUUCUUUUAGACUAGUAGUUAUCCUUCCAAUUGAAGGCGUUUCUAUAUUGGUGUUUAGGUUCUACUCCAACAGAUGGAGCUAUAAACACUGUGGUCCAAAAUAUACACAGUCAACUCCUGAUUGUGCAGGGAACAAGUCAUCAUGAGAAUGAGAUAAUGAUUAGAAGUUUCAAAGACUUCAAGCCAUUUUGGAGAUGAAGCUGAAAUUUCUGGUUCUCCUUCUUCCUUAACACAUUUUCUUCAAAAAAAUGUAAACUAAUGAAGUAUUUAGUGAUUUCCAAUUAACAAUACAUAUUUUAUUUUGAUUUGUUUUUGGUCAUUCAGUUUUAAUCAGAUAUAUUACUUGUGUUAAAUGUGCAUCCAUGCAGCCAAAAGAUUUAUUAUGUUAAAUACCCUGUAUACUCAGGAGUUUAUUGUAUGUAGCAAAAUAUUAAUAGCUGUGCUACUGCACUAGUUUGACUAUUUUUUCAACUAGAUUUCAAUACUGCUCUCUCCCAUUGUGAUACUUGGAAACUUUAUCGUAAACAAACUAAAUUGUUACUUAUGAAAUUAAAUUUUUUGAAUACCAGAUUUUUUAAUUUUGACAAGAAUAUCACAUUAUUUUAGUUUACGAUGAUCACCAUUCUACACUGUAUAAAUGAACACCCACGCGUUACCCAUAAGGAAUUAUUGUUUUCCAUCAACAAUAUUGGAAUUUCAAUAAUUCAUAACAAAUAGUAUUUUCUCUUGGGGGAGGGUUAAUAAUACUGAUAUAAACUCUAUAACUGAUAUUAUUUUACAUUUUUACCAUACAGUUGUAACUUAUAGUUGUGUAUAGGCCUUGUAACAAUAUAUGUUUACAUUUGUGUAGGUUUAGAAACAAAGGCCUAUCAUCAACUAAGUCAGUGUUGAUAAAUUGUCUCGUAAUAUGAAAUAUUUGUGAGUGAACCAGUACGUUUUGCUGUAACUUUUGCAACUGUAACUCUGAUAAUUUGGCAAUAUUAAUAAUUCUGUUUUAUUUUGUUACUAAUCUUUGCAAAAUAUAUUUAGUAGGCUACUAUUUGCUGAGUUCUGCUUUCAUUUAAAAUAAUUCGUCAUAUUGCACAGUUUUUAUUUGUAGUCUACAUAGUAAUUAAUUUUAUGGUAUAUAAUUAUUUAUUUAUAUUAUUAAUACUCUAUGAAGUGAGAAAGACUUUUGCAGAUUUUUCUUAUCAUUAAAUUUAAUCUUUUUAGACCAACAAAUACAUAAAAGGCAAUUGAGCAAAAAAUGUUGCCAAGUCAAAUCAAAGUCACCGUAUCUUGGACCAACGUGUGAUUUUUUAAGAUAUCUCUCAUUUGUAAGAUGUUUUAUACUAAUUGUUCUAGAAUAGGUCUGAAUCGACGAACACCAAAUGUUGUAUUGUCCUUUUUCGGGCACUUUUGUGAACGCAAUAAUUUUUGUAUUUUUGUCAUUGUCGAGUUUUGUGUCUACCUUUUAUAGAAUGUGGACUAUUCUUGUUAUAUUCUAAAAUAAACAAUAUUCUAGUCACAUGUAGGUUUAGAUUACUAUAAGUAAAUCACCUAAACAAGUUAGGAGUGUUUUUAUCGUCUGACCACCACUCCAAGGCACAAUUUAUAAGAGCCACUUUUAUACCAUUUUUUGUGGAUUUUAUUGUAAUGUGAUGAAAAUUGUUAUUAAAUAUAUCAAAAUUGUGAAUUAGUUAUAUAAUUUUACAUAGUUUUACAUUUUUUGGAAGUAUAAUAAUAUACUGUUAGUUAAAAUAUCUUUGAUACAUAUUUACUAUUUAAUAUCCUCAAUUUAACAAAAAAACUUCGAAACAUUGUUGGUUUUUAACCUUUUAUCCAGUGGUGCAAAAUUAAUCAAUAUUUGUUGUUUUAAAUAAUAUUGCAAAUUUCAUAUUGUAUAUAUAGUUUAGAUGUUUUCUAAAUCAAAACUUUUCAUUGUGGUAAUAUUUGAUUAGAUAUUCUUUUUUAAUUUAUUUUCAGUAUUUUUUUUAAUAAUGUUUUGAUAGCAUGGAAAUAUUCAUUACACUAUUUUAACGUUUAAUAAAAGUUGCCACAAUUUUUGUUUUUAUUAAAACUAACAUAUAUUUAUUUAUUAAGUUUGCACAGUUUUUAAAUCCUUAAUUCUGUUAUAAAAUGUCUAAAUAUUGAUAAAUACAACAUUCAAGUAAUCUAUAACCCCUUAUGUGCUUAGCUUUUCAAUAAAAAUAUUUCAACUAUGUUUUACAUGAAUUUUAAAAAUGAAGUUCUGAAAAUGUAUUAAAAGUGGCUUCUGGUUGAUCAGCUUUCCAAUUCUACUUUUCACUUGAUCGCCUCCUACACAAGUGCUAGCUGUUGACUAUAUUUACUAUAUUGUAUUGUAUUGUAUUGUAAUAUAUAUUUUUCUAUGAUUCUUAGCCUGUACUAUGACUAUCAUGCGCCAUAUAAUGUAAUCCCUUGUGCCAACUUAGCAAUAACCACGCUUCUUAAAGAAGCUACCUGUAAUUAAGUUUUAGAAGUGCGGUUCCUCUUUUAUUGAUUUAUUUUGAAUCGUUUAUACAAGAACUAUGACCAGAACCUUCAACAAAAUGACGUAAUCACCAGAUUUGUAACAUUGUAAUCCAAUUCAUAUAUUUUAUUUGUGUACAUUGUAUAUACUGUAAUGUACAAUUUUAUUUAAUUAUCGUUUUAAGUUUUUUUUACUAAUUUAUUUUGAAAUUGUAAAUAUUGUUAUUAUUUAUUCACAUUUUUAUUAUGUGAUGAUAUUUUAUUUUAACUCAUGUUAAGUGAAAGCAAGUUCUGUAAUUACCUCUGUAAUGUUACCUUUUAAAUUGCUACUUUAUUUUUUUAAUUGACUCUGAUGCUUAUGUAUUUUGCCAUGUUUGCUAAGCUUACAUCCAGACAAAUGGAAUGAUACUGCAAAAGAUAAUUUUACAUUUUCUGCUUUUAAUUUUUUAUUUAUUAGUUUUGAACUAUUUCUUUUAUUGUUUAUUGAUUUUAUAUGUAUUCUGAAUUAAAAUCUCCAAGAAGAUUACAUAAGGUGUUUUUUAAUUUUUUUAUCUUUUGAUUCAUUUUUUGCAUUUUCAGCUAAAAAACAGUAGUCAGCUUCAAAAUCUAAAACGUUUAUUAAAAUUAGUAAGGAGGAAGUAUCCUUGUAUGAAGUGUUUAAAAUUAUGUGUAUGUACCAACAAUUUUAUUUCUGUCACCAGUAUUAUGAGGCCUUUCCAGUAUUGUUUAUUUAUUGAUUUGUGGCAUUAAAAAUGCUGUUUUGUAGUUUAAUAUAAUAAUUUUACUUUCAAUAAUUCUACUGUAUUUUGUUUCUGCAACAUAAUAUACUGUACUGUACGUGUUUAAAGUAAUUGGGUGUAUUUUCAAUGCGUUGUUUUGUAGCCCUAAAAUUGUUCUUACUUUAUGUUUUUUCUGACAAAUAACAGUUAAAAAGGGUAUUGAUUAUUUAAGUGAAAUACAACUGAAAAAUACAAAAAGCUGGCAUGUUGGUAGUUGUUUUUUAGUGUUUUAUUUGAGUUAAAAAUGUACUAAACUUUUCUUUGUAUUUACAUGUGUAGGCCUAUAGUUUUCCUAUAAUUUAACUUACCCAUUUCCAAUCCAAAAUAUAUUUCGCUCUAUGUAAAGCUGGCUUUACUGAUGACUAACUUAAUUUUUCUGUUUAACAUAAUAAUUCUAACCUUAAACAGUUUUACGUUCUUAUUUUUGGUAGUUAGGAUAAGUUUUUUUUUGUAAAAUCUCAUUCUAAAGGUAUGAUUUGUACGAAUCCAAUUUGUAUAAUUUCCCUAUUGUACAUUUUGUAUAAAUACAAAUAUAUUUUUAUUUAUUUUGUCAUCAAUACUAAUUAUUUAACAACAACAAAUUUCUACACUAUUUAAAUAAUAUUUUUAAUUAAGUUUUAGUUACGAAAACCAUAUUCACAUUCUGAAAACAAACCCAAAAACAUGGCAUCAGGAUGCAUGUAAACAAAUCGUAUCUUUAAAAUGAGACAUAGAUUCCUAAUAAUGAAUUAUGAAUUUUCAGCAAAAUCCUUUGUGGUAAGUUAUUAAAAGUUUAGCACUCGAUCAGUUUAUUAUAUCCUAAGUAAUAUAUUGUUUAUGUCCAUAUUUUUAUUUCAUUUAAUUUUUAUUUGUUUUUGAAACUCUAAAUAUGUUUAGUAAAAUAUAUUUUUUAUAAAGUUGAAUAUUACUAUCACUCUAAUAAUAAUGUUAAAUAUAAGAAACAAAUUUUUUACUCUCAAUCUAUAGUGGAUGUGCCAGAAUGACAACUAUUAUUAUUAUUUCAUCAACUAUAUAAGGAUACACUUCAAACGGGUUUCUUCUCAAAUAAAAUGUAAAAAUAUCCGUCUCUCCUUUAAGGAAAAAUUAGCUUAUAUUUAUAAUUACUAAAUAUGAAUAACAAUUUAACAAAUAACCCAACACCAUUUUAAUUUCACGUAGAAAAUAUAUUUAGUAUACAAAAAAAUAAAAAUUAAUUAAUUAACGAUAAAUUUGUUUUGGUUUUCUAUUAAAAUUAACAUUACAGUUAAAAAUGUUAAUUUUUAUAUAAAAAAACUAUUACAAUAUAAAAAAUAAUUUAGUUAUGAUUAUGUUUCUGAUAAAUGGGAAAGAAUAAUCUCAUAUUAUAAUGAAUUUAUCAUUAUAAUAUGAAAAUAGUUUUAUGAACCCCACAUUAAUUUAUAUUUUACAGCAUACAAUUUUACAAUUACAAUACAAUAUUUUACUUUUACAAGUUUACAAUAUUUACAUGGUUAUACCUACUUGUAUAUUUUUAAUAGUAAUGAAUUGUCAUUGUGCAGAAAUUUCAUUCCCAUUUCAGAUGGAAGCCCAUAUUAACAAAGCUGUAUAAGUUGAUAUGUGUAAUAGUUCUAUAGCCAAUUUUGGCACAUCCACAGCAUUUCAGAUGAAAGUGAGAAGAUUUCCCACCACGCAAACCUCACCAUCUUGCCCCAGUGUCUUAAUGUAUUGUGUAAACAUUGUAUUCUAUCAUACUCGAUUUUCUAUUAAAACUUAAAGAAAAUAA